GCGGGCUCGGGCCGAUUCCCAAAGGUUGGAGUUUUCGGACCUAAGGCGGGGAAUCUGGGAUUGAUGGUUGACUUUGAGGUAGGCCAUGGGAAACUUAGGAAAAAGGGAACCUGCGAGGUCCUGGGUAUGACUAUGAGAAGCUGUCAACAGCGCGACACUGAGGGCGAUAGGAAGAGACUCGUAACGAUUACCUAUCCGCAUGGGUUCCGUAGCAGGGGUUGCAACCUUAUGAGUCCCGAGGCGAUGGUGGGCCCUGCAUCGAUGAGUUUGGAGGUCUGCAGUGGGCAGGUGCGGACGAGAGAACUGGAGAAUCCUAAGGGUCAGAAGCGACUGGCUUAUAACGAGGCGGUGGUGCGGGCCACGGACCAGUUUCUGUCAGGAGUCGAACUAACUCUAAAUAAGGGGGUUCGAGGACCAAUAAUGCAUGAUCGGCGUAAGGACGGUUCGACGUCCUCAGCUUCGUUGGCUUAUGCGACUAUCCUGACCGAGUUCGGGCGGGGCUGUACCCCAUCGCGGCUAUCUGACAAGCACCCCCGAGUCCGGCCAGUGAGAAUCAGGUGCGACUUAUUCGAGAGGAGUAAGGGGAAGCCGAGAUCGGCGGAUAGAGAAGAGGGUGGGAGGAUCGGAAGUAUGGGGAAGAAGAAGGGAGAAAGUCGACCGAGAACGGGGGCGAGCGCGGGGGGCGGACAGUGGCUUGAUCACCGCAGUGAGUAAUCGAAGGGCGCCUCAUGCGCGGGCCUUGUGUUUUGGGUCAGCUGGGAGUGCGGUGUAAUUGAUCUCAGGACAGUCCUCGUGAGCUAUCCCCUUAAUAAAAGGCAAUGGGAGUA